AUGCUUUCAGAUGUGUAGAAUAAUGAGUGUUUCCGAUUAUUUUUUUUCUUCACCUGAUGGAAUGGUAACGGCUAUAGUAGGGUUGUACUGGUGCCAGGCAUGGAAUCGUCUUCAAAUGUUUUUUACUGUAGGUGUCCUGUGUGUUCUCAAUUGUCCCAGUCCUCGUGACUCUAGUUUGUGUGUGUGUGUGUCCUCCAGGGUCAUCCAGGUCUGAUUGGGCUGAUUGGACCCCCUGGCGAGCAGGGAGAGAAGGGAGACAGAGGCUUGCCUGGACCCCAGGGUUCUCACGGAGGCAAGGGCGACGGUGUAAGUGAUAAAUGACCUCAUGACCUUGCCAUUCGUCAACCUAUACGCCCUCCAGCAGGAAAUACAACGCCAUUGGUCUGAUUGCAGCCACCUACAGUUGCUAGGACUCGUAUAGACAUGCAUUGAGCCUAUACCAUUACUAAAUAAAUACUCACUUGACUUGACCAUUACUCAUAUACAAAUAUACAAGCUUUUGUCAUCUUCCAAAGUCAACAUAAUCCUUGAGAAAGGUCAGUUAUACAGAAUAAAAACCAGUAUAACGUCUAAAUUGAUUGUAAUGCUCUGCAUUCUGUGGAACACUGAUAACCUCGUAUUUCUAUCCCAGCUUCAUCCGAUAUACAGUGAGGGGAUAAAAAGUAUUUGAUCCCCUGCUGAUUUUGUACGUUUGCCCACUGACAAAGAUAUGAUCAGUCUAUAAUUUUAAUGGUAGGUUUAUUUGAACAGUGAGAGACAGAAUAACAACAACAAAAAUCCAUAAAAACGCAUGUCAAAAAUGUUAUAAAUUGAUUUGCAUUUUAAUGAGGGAAAUAAGUAUUUGACCCCCUCUCAAUCAGAAAGAUUUCUGGCUCCCAGGUGUCUUUUAUACAGGUAACGUGCUGAGAUUAGGAGCACACUCUUAAAGGGAGUGCUCCUAAUCUCAGCUUGUUACCUGUAUAAAAGACACCUGUCCACAGAAGCAAUCAAUCAAUCAGAUUACAAACUCUCCACCAUGGCCAAGACCAAAGAGCCCUCCAAGGAUGUCAGGGACAAGAUUGUAGACCUACCCAAGGCUGGAAUGGGCUACAAGACCAUCGCCAAGCAGCUUGGUGAGAAGGUGACAAAAGUUGGUGCGAUUAUUCUCAAAUGGAAGAAACACAAAAGCACUGUCAAUCUCCCUCGGCCUGGGGCUCCAUGCAAGAUCUCACCUCGUGGAGAUAAAAUGAUCAUGAGAACAGUGAGUAAUCAGCCCAGAACUACACGGGAGGAUCUUGUCAAUGAUCUCAAGGCAGCUGGGACCAUAGUCACCAAGAAAACAAUUGGUAACACACUACGCCGUGAAGGACUGAAAUCCUGCAGUGCCCGCAAUGUCCCCCUGCUCAAGAAAGCACAUACAGGCCCGUCUGAAGUUUGCCAAUAAACAUCUGAAUGAUUCAGAGGAGAACUGUGUGAAAGUGGUCAGAUGAGACCAAAGUCGAGCUCUUUGGCAUCAACUCAACUCGCCGUGUUUGGAGGAGGAAUGCUGCCUAUAACCCCAAGAACACCAUUCCCACCAUCAAACAUGGAGGUGGAAACAUUAUGCUUUGGGAGUGUUUUUCUGCUAAGGGGACAGGACAACUUCACCGCAUCAAAGGGACGAUGGACGGGGCCAUGUACCGUCAAAUCUUGGGUGAGAACCUCCUUCCCUCAGCCAGGGCAUUGUAAUGGGUCGUGGAUGGUUAUUCCAGCAUGACAAUGACCCAAAACACACGACCAAGGCAACAAAGGAGUGGCUCAAGAAGAAGCACAUUAAGGUCCUGGAGUGGUCUAGCCAGUCUCCAGACCUUAAUCCCAUAGAAAAUCUGUGGAGGGAGCUGAAGGUUCGAGUUGCCAAACGUCAGCUUUCUAAAUCUUAAUGACUUGGAGAAGAUCUGCAAAGAGGAGUGGAACAAAAUCCCUCCUGAGAUGUGUGCAAACCUGGUGGCCAACUACAAGAAAGUCUGACCUCUGUGAUUGCCAACAAGGGUUUUGCCACCAAGUACUAAGUCAUGUUUUGCAGAGGGGUCAAAUACUUUUUUUUUUUUUUUUCCUAAAAUGGAAAUCAAUUUAUAACAUUUUUGACAUUCAUUAUUUUCUGGAUUUUUUUGUUGUUAUUCUUGUUCUCACUGUUCAAAUAAACCUACCAUUAAAAUUAUAGACUGAUCAUUUCUUUGUCAGUGGGCAAAACGUACAAAAUCAGCAGGGGAUCAAAUACUUAUUUCCCUCACUGUCCUAUAUCCCAAACCCAUUUUUAUUCCUGGGAGAUAGAAAUGUUAAGCAGUACUCGGACAGGGUCAGUGCCCUAGCCUGAUGAAGCUCGACAUUAAGGCGCUCGUCCAUUAUUAAAUAAACAUUGCAGAUUGAGUGAAUAGAGCAGUAUGAGACCCAUCAUGGCCUUUCAGCGGCCCCAGUCCGUCAUUUAAGGUGAAGGAAUGGAUUUAUCAUCUUUAGAUUAAAGCCUAAUGGAAUUGUAAUGUCACUUUUUUUUCUAUAUGUCUGAGCAGAAUGGGGGUGUCCAUCUGUCUGUCUCUAGUUUAGGCUUGAGAAACAGAAGAAUGGGGGUCUCCAUCUAGCUGUAUGGCUCACCAAAAUAGCACAAUGACAAUCGAAAAUACAAACUACAUUUCAGGGCUCAUGAAAACGUUGCCAGAGGUUGUUAUUGUUUCCCUUGCAAUCUAGCCACUCUUUAUCCCAAUGAUGUCCCACUGAUGUCCCACUGAUGUCCCACUGAUGUCCCACUGAUGUCCCACUGAUGUCCCACUGAUGUCCCACUGAUGUCCAACUGAUGUCUCACUGAUGUCCCACUGAUGUCCUACUGAUGUCCCACUGAUGUCCCACUGAUGUCUCACUGAUGUCCCACUGAUGUCCCACUGAUGUCUCACUGAUGUCCCACUGAUGUCCCACUGAUGUCCCACUGAUGUCUCACUGAUGUCCCACUGAUGUCCCACUGAUGUCCCACUGAUGUCUCACUGAUGUCUCACUGAUGUCCUACUGAUGUCCCACUGAUGUCCCACUGAUGUCUCACUGAUGUCCUACUGAUGUCUCACUGAUGUCCUACUGAUGUCCCACUGAUGUCCCACUGAUGUCUCACUGAUGUCCUACUGAUGUCCUACUGAUGUCCCACUGAUGUCCCACUGAUGUCUCACUGUCAUCCCACUGAUGUCCCACUGAUGUCCCACUGAUGUCUCACUGUUAUCCCACUGAUGUCCCACUGAUCUCUCACUGAUGUCCCACUGUUGUCUCACUGAUGUCCCACUGUCAUCCCACUGAUGUCCCACUGAUGUCUCACUGAUGUCCCACUGUUGUCUCACUGAUGUCCCACUGUCAUCCCACUGAUGUCCCACUGAUGUCCCACUGAUGUCCCACUGAUGUCCCACUGUUGUCUCACUGUCAUCCCACUGUUGUCUCACUGAUGUCCCACUGAUGUCCCACUGUCAUCCCACUGUUGUCUCACUGAUGUCCCACUGAUGCCUCACUGUUGUCCCACUGAUGUCCCACUGAUGUCCCACUGUUGUUUCACUGAUGUCCCACUGAUGUCCCACUGAUGUCCCACUGAUGUCCCACUGAUGUCCCACUGAUGUCCCACUGUCAUCCCACUGUUGUCUCACUGAUGUCCCACUGAUGUCUCACUGUUGUCCCACUGAUGUCCCACUGAUGUCUCACUUUCGUCCCACUGUUCUCUCACUGUUGUCUCACUGAUAUCUGGUCUCUUCUCCCCAGGGUAUCAGCGGAGCUUCAGGUCCACUCGGUCCCCCUGGCCCUCCCGGCCUGCCUGUAAGACUGUACCCUGUUUUCUCUAUUUUAUUUAGAGCAUAGUCUCAUAGUUAACACGUCCAUGUAAUGAUACAACAUAGUCGUCUCCUCUUUACUCAUUCAGCGGUGUGUGUUGUCUCUUCCAGGGCCCUGGAGGUCCCAAGGGAGCUAAAGGUUCAUCGGUAAGUUCUGUUCAACCACUCUCUGUAUCAACUGGUGAAAGUCCUGUGACAGUCAUUUAAAGGAGUGCUUGUGAAAUCCAGAGAUGACAACAUGUCUUAAUCUCCAUGCUCUUUCCAGGGUCCUGCUGGUCAGAAGGGAGACACCGGUACGAUCGGUCCACCUGGUUCUCCUGUGAGUAUUACUUGUACAUUAAUUUGGGGGUCCACUCUAAGAUAAAAAAAUAGGGCAAUUCUGUUUUUAGCUGGAAUUCAUGAGGUUAUUUGUAGAAAACGUUGUGACACUAUGGGAUUCCCCUCUCUGCUCUACAGGGUCCCCCUGGUGAGGUGAUCCAGCCACUGCCCAUCCAGUCGCCCAAGAAGAACCGCAGACACGCAGACAUGCAGGCGGACGCUGCAGGCACCAUGAUGGACUACGGAGAGGGCAUGGAGGACAUCUUCGGCUCGCUCAACAACCUCAAACAGGACAUUGAGAGGAUGAAGUACCCCAUGGGCACACAGAACAACCCAGCCAGGACCUGCAAAGACCUGCAGCUCGCACACCCAGAGUUCCCCAAUGGUGAGUCACAGAGAGGGGUGUUAUGGGUAAUAUGCUAAUGCUAUGGCUGGGAUUUGUGGCCAUUUUGUUUAGCUAGACAAGGAAUCCGUUAGCUGUGAAUGCUGUUUUGCUCAUUUUGUAGAGAUGAUAUUGGGAUGUAGAUUAUAUAUUUGUAGGUAGCGUGUGUUGCAGUGGUGAAUUUAAAUAGCACUGAGAACAAGACUUUAUUGAGGUUAUACUUAACAUUAACAGACCUUCAGUGAGAAACUUUUGGGGUUUGUUUUUCCCAAACUUGAUACAGAGAAUUACCAGGUCAUUCUAUGACCUUUCAAAGUUUAUUUUUUAUUUUUGUACUUUUAUUUACUCAGGGGAACCAAUUGAAACCAGCGUCUCAUUUACUCCCAAUAUUAAUCAUUCAGAUUUAUCAUAGUUAGAAAGCAAGUCAGACAAUUUUCUAAGAGCAAUUGGGAGGGCAGAGGGAGGGUGAUAAACUCCCACAAACGUUAGUUGGGCAUUAUUACCAAGGCCCACAUUUAGAACAAGACAUUCAAAUUGCUUGGGGACAGAGGUGAUAUUACACACAGCAACAUUCAAGUUUUCUUUAUGGAUAUGGUGACACCCCCACCUCUGUCAGAUCUACAGUAUACACAUUAUAUCCAUUCAGAGACACAUCAGUCUGUCACCAGACUUGUUUAUCCAAGUCUCAGUAUUUAUCAAAAUGUCUGUGUUAGUUUCAGAAGCCAGAAUUACAAUGAGAUCGAUAUUUCGAAAUCAUUACUUCUGACAUUUACAUGAAUCAGUCCAAGGCCACAGCUGCGGGAUUCUCUAACACAAACAUGCUAUGAUCAGUAGGUAACCCUAUAUAUGAAAUAGCCAUGGGGUUGGCUUGACAUGGUAUACUGUAGACACAAGAUUGCUUAGAACUGUGCCAUUUGGUCUAUGACUCGAAAUGAGGACGUGGAUUAAUACAAGACUCAAUGAGGGUUACCUGUUUCGGGCAAGGACUGAUAUCCCAUCACUUAGUACCUUUUAAAUGUUUGCACUGAAUGUUAGAAGAUCUGUUGUGGCUAAACAUAUGAACAUAUUCCUUUUUAUCUAUUUAAGCAUGACAUGUGGUAGCAUGAUUUACGUCGUCUGUAAUCUUCCUUGAUCCAACACAUGGUUCUCAUAGAGCAGUUAAACGUGUUUUGGUUUUGACAUUUUUAGUUUUUAGAUUUUAGUUUUUAGUUGUCGGUGGAACCUUAGAACUAGAGAGAACUGCAGAUUAUUAAAUUAUUAAAUUAUUAGAUUAUCUGUAUAAUAUUAUAAUAAUAAUUAUUAGAGGUAUUUCAUUGCAUCAUUGGGUUUUGUUCCACAGGCGAGUACUGGAUAGAUCCUAACCAGGGAUGCUCAGGGGACUCCUUCUCUGUCUACUGUAACUUCACGGCUGGCGGAGAGACCUGCAUCUUCCCAGAUAAGAAGUCCAGCGGCGUGAGUGGCAUUUUUAUUUCCUCCAAGAGGACGACACACUCAUACUAUCAAGUAAAGCACAGAGUCAAGCCAUGGUCUUGUUGAAUUCUAGAUCAUGUUCUGAUGUGGUCACUCACAUGCUAGUGAGGGCCAUGGGACUGGGAGAUGCAUGGUUGGUGAUGUUUGAUGGGUUCACUGCUUGGCCAUUUACAUUUAAACCUAACCCUAACUGUCAGAAACAAACUGAUAUAUGCAUUUUUUAUUCAACUGCUAUACUGUAGUGAUUUUCCUGUAUGUUAAGAUCUGAGGGAAGGGGUAUCUAGCUGUAUAUUGCACUACGUUUGACGGAUCAAAGCUAAACCUAAUUCCAGGAACCAGCUCUUAAAUUGUAGGAAGAAAACUGUGUUCUUCUCAGUAAAUAGGUGCUUCAUUUGUUUGGCUCUACAGGUCAGAAUAUCUUCAUGGCCCAAAGAAGUUCCAGGGUCGUGGUUCAGUGAGUUUAAGCAUGGAAAAACAGUAAGUACUCCCUCAACUCCACGCUUUCAUCCUCCUCUGUUUCUCUUCUCAAAAGAAAUGUCUCCUCUCCACAAUACUAAACUAAAAUGAUUUCUCGGGCUCCCACUUGGCCAUCUCUCUGCCUUCUGUCUGUCAGUACAGAGGCUUUUCAGAAGUGGCAGUUAGGCCACAAAGACUGAUAGAAGAGAGGCACAUAAAAGUGUCUCUGGAAGUGACCCCAGGUCGCUAAGCCACAAAGGAAUCCAGACCUCUCAUAUAAGACCUCUCCCCAACCCCCUUCAGACUGUUCACAUUCAUAUUUCAUACAGUCUGGGAUUGAUGAAGGAGGCUCAAAGAUGAGGAGGAAAAUAUUAUUUUUCUAUUGCUUUAAGACUCAGUUUGGCCAUCCGUCUGAGAGAGAGAUUGUAUAACUGAUGCUGACAGCAUGUUUAAUAAGAAGAGUUGAGGUGGGCCUUUGCUUCAGCAAAUUCAUGAGAAUGGCUUACCAAGAAAAACUUCCAAAAGGACUAAUUCGAGCCAGAAGUGGAGGAGGAAGGUGUCAGCUUGACUUUGAAACUUCAGUUACCUGUUCUCAUCCUGUACAGUGGAUUAAAGUGAGCUAAAAUAAAUAUAUCCCUGCCUUUUUUGUUGAGUGCUCCAACUCCUUUCUGCCUUGAAUCAGUCCUUUUGGAAGCUGUAAGCCUUUCUCGUGUUUUAUAAGAACUCUUGGGAUAGAACACUUCUAAGCAGUAUAUUGUAUCCAAUCCCACGUUUCCAUUUCUGACCUCUCAAUCUAUUUUUCUGUUAUCUCUCACACCCAAUAAACAGUUUUCAUACGUUGACGCAGCCGGCAACACAAUAAGCGAGGUUCAGAUGACCUUCCUGAAACUACUGACGGCCUCGGCCAGGCAGAACUUCACCUAUAGCUGCUACAAGUCUGUGGUGUGGCACGAUGAGACCACAGACAGCUACGACAAGGCGCUGCGAUUCCUAGGAUCCAACGACGAGGAGAUGUCCUGCGACAGCAACCCCUACAUCAGGCCCCUCACAGACGGAUGCGCGGUAAGGGCUUCCCCUCGAUACUGCCUGUCCGUUAUAGUGAUAGUUCAAGUACUUUUGGGAAAGUCUGUCAAGUAUGUAAAAUGUCCCCAUUGAUUGUUUUGUUGGACUUGUUUCAUAGCUCCAAUGAGGUUGUGUCUGACUGCUGAAAGUGUUAAACAUUUUUAAUUUUUUUUUUUUUAUUCUCUCUUUACAGACGAGGAAGGGCUAUGGAAAGACUGUUAUGGAGAUUAAUACUCCCAAGAUCGAUCAGGUUCCCAUCAUCGAUGUCAGGUUGAAUGACUUUGGAGAUGCCAGCCAGAAGUUUGGAUUUGAAGUGGGUCCAGUCUGCUUCCUUGGCUAA